GGCAGAAGGUGAGAGACAGGCAGAGGCUGAGGCAGAAGGUGAGAGACAGGCAGAGGCUGAGGCAGAAGGUGAGAGACUGGCAGACACGGAGACAGGUGAGGGACAGAUACAGAGGGUCUCCAGCUGGGUCAAUAUGUACCAUGUUCUUUACCUCCUAUCACUUUAACAUAUCACAAAAAGAAGUUAACUAAAUGUCAAGAGAUGGGGUUUUGUCUGUGUAAAUAAGAGGAUCUGAAUAGUGACAGUGUAAAGUGAGGAACAGGGAGACGGAAGUAAACUAGACCUGCAUCCUGGAAGUCAACUAGUGGUGGGCCCACUUUUAGCCCACGGUUGGAGAUGUGAACAAAGAAAACACCUUUUGUUUCUCAGAAAACAGUCAACAUCUCUCUCACGUCAAGUCAUUCUUGUGGCCAGCCUUCUGAUGUAAUAGAAAGAUAAGGUGGGGGGUUUGUUUGGAAACUAGAAAAUGACUUUCCGCUUGCGGAUGAAACUGCUCUUAAUUCUCGGUAAGAUUGGAACGAAACAACAUCUCGACUGAUAACGCAGAAGGAGGAGAGAGGGGGAGUGUGUGUGUGUGUGUAGUUGUAUGACAAGAAUAGAAGAGGCUCGCUGCAAGGAGCCGCAUAUAGGGGGCCCAUCUGACUCACACACACACACACACACACACACACACACACACACACACACACACACACACACACACACACAGACAGGAUUGCUGUAUUAUACUGACUCAAUGUUAAAGGCUACAGGACUAGGGAGAGCUGAACUGACCCUACAUUGGUUUCUCUGGGUGGACUGACUAUGUGGUAAUCAGUUUAACCCAGGCUAAUACAAAAUAACAGAGUUAUUACUAGACAGACUGGACAGUAGAAUGUAGACUAAUAUAACAGAGUUAUAACUAGACAGACUGGACAGUAGAAUGUAGACUAAUAUAACAGAGUUAUAACUAGACAGACUGGACAGUAGAAUGUAGACUAAUAUAACAGAGUUAUAACUAGACAGACUGGACAGUAGAAUGUAGACUAAUAUAACAGAGUUAUAACUAGACAGACUGGACAGUAGAAUGUAGACUAAUAUAGCAGAGUUAUAACUAGACAGACUGGACAGUAGAAUGUAGACUAAUAUAACAGAGUUAUAACUACACAUGACAUCGUGUCAUUGUGAACUUUGACCACAACGCUGUAUUCCAUUUUGAUGUGCCUCCAGCGAUACCUCUCCGUCCAUUCUACAGGUAACUGCCAAAAUAAAGGGCGCACUUUAGUAAAAGAGGGGUAGAAAGUAUAUUGAAACUGAAGCACGGGUUACUUCCAUACAGGAAAUUCCAGACACUUGUAGAAUGUAUGCCAAGGCGCAGUGAAGCUGUUCUGGUGGCCCAAUGCCCUAUUAACACACUUUAUGCUGGUGUUUCCUUUAUUUUGGGAGUUACAUGUAGCAGCAGUCUACACGGUGAAUGGAACAGCUGUGUAGGCGAGACGGCUCGAGUCACACUACGGGGAAUACAACCAAAUACAGACCAAAGAGAAGGGAAAACGUCUCAGCCCACACACGAUUGGAGGAGAUAGACGUCAAUCAAACUGGACGCCAUCCUUUCCCUCCCACCCCUCAUGGCGAGACCACCCCCAACCCACCAAUAGGGCGAGUCCCAUCCACUCCAACCCCCGCCACCACUCAUCCGUCCGGACAAUCCAAUUGGUCCCCCUCACUCCACUUAACUCCUGCCCACUCUACGCUCCACCCCAUCCACCCCCUCUGAUUGGUCAAGAUGGACAAGUUGACAGAUGACAUCCCCGGGUGCUACUACAACCGUACAGUGCAGUUCUUUUACGAACAUAGUGGCAAGAACAUCAGCGCCCACUGGCGUCCUCGGGACUACGUGGUGGUGAGCCUGGGCAUGGGUGUGUCUGUCAUCGUCAUCCUGGCCAACAUCCUGGUCAUGGUGGCCAUCUUCAUCAACCGACGAUUCCACUUCCCUAUCUACUAUCUGCUAGGCAACCUGGCGGCAGCAGACCUGUUCUCAGGUAUUGCCUACCUGCACCUGAUGUUCCACACUGGGCCCUGGACCAUCAAGCUGUCCAAGAACCAGUGGUUUGUACGCCAGACCCUGAUCGACUCCAGUCUGACAGCAUCGGUGUUGAACCUCCUGGCCAUCGCCUUGGAGCGCCACCAGACCAUCUUCACCAUGCAGCUCCACAGUAAGAUGACCAACCGCCGCGUGGUGCUGCUCAUCGCCGCUAUCUGGGGCCUAGCCAUCUUCAUGGGCCUGGUUCCCACCAUGGGCUGGCACUGUGUGUGUGACCUGGACAACUGCUCCACCAUGGCCCCCAUGUACCAACGCUCCUACCUGGUGUUCUGGGCUGUGCUCAACCUGUUCACCUUCUCUCUCAUGGUGGCUGCCUACACCAGGAUCUUUGUGUACGUCAGACACAAGAGCCAGAGGAUGUCUCAGCACACCAGCCAGAUACGACACAAGGAGACUGUGUUCAACCUGAUGAAGACUGUGUCUAUGAUCCUGGGUUGUUUUGUGAUCUGCUGGACCCCGGGCCUGGUGUUGUUGAUGUUGGAUGGUCUGGGCUGUGAAUCGUGCCAGGUGCUGCGUUAUGAGAAGUACUGUCUGGUCCUGGCUGAGUGUAACUCCCUGGUCAACCCCAUCAUCUACAGCUUCAGAGACACGGACAUGUUACAGACCUUCAAGAGGAUCCUCUGCUGCCUGUGUCGCCGCGGCGGCGCCGGCCACAGAGACACGCUGUCCGGCAUGCGCUGCAACACCCUGGAGCAAGAGGUACUCUCUGAGAGCAACGGCAACAAUCACCACGACAACCACAACGACGACAACAAUCAUAUAAGUCCCCACGGCGACCACUCGGACACAGACGAUUAGACGAGGACCGUUGACAUAUAUAGGUGACAGACGUACGAUGACGACGUAACAAGCAGUUACACCGUAAAAAUGUCAACAUUGACAGGGUGCUAUAGCAACGUUCAAUACCAUGCCCACUCAGACGACUAGCUAACAGUCCUGUGACAACAACGUAGCUACACGGUCACAAUGACAUCAACUACACCGUAACAACAACGUUAUGGCCUCCAAACUAUACCAUAGCAACCCCCAUGCACUGACACACCACUAUAAACCACUACAACUUAACAAAACAUUUAAAAAAUAACUACAAUGGACAAAAGACCACAAAAAUGACUACUACCACGUAACAAAAUACCAUGGCAACACCUACAACAACGACAAUGUAACACAAUGCCACGACAACACCUACAAUAACGUCAACAAAAUACCAUGACAACACUUAAAAUAAGUACAACGUAACACAAUACCAUGGCAACACCUACAACAAUGACAAUGUAACACAAUACCAUGGCAACACCUACAACAACGACAAUGUAACACAAUACCACGACAACACCUACAAUAACGUCAACAUAACAAAAUACCAUGACAACACUUAAAAUAAGUACAACGUAACACAAUACAACAACAACACCUACAAUAACGACAACGUUACACAAUACCACUAAAACGCCUACAACGACAGAAUUACAGUGCAACAACUACCAUAACAAUGUCACAAAAUAGCCCUACAACAACCAGGCCUCGACGACAACCACCUCCUGAUUCAGAGGGGUUGGGUUAAAUGCGGAAGACGCAUUCGGUUGGAGGCAUUCAGUUGUACAGCUGACGAGGUAUCUCCCGCUCCCUUUACAAGCAAACAGAGAAUAUGCCGUGUUUGAGUGUUUGUAGGCUCGUUGUUAUAAUACUGUAUGUUGCGCUAGCUUGUAUUGUACACUGUAACAUACCAGCCAUAUCAGUCUCUGUUCUAAUCAAUAUAGAACCAUAUGAAUAGUUAAUCAUGCAGAUGUUAUUGUUUGGAAACUAACGGUAGAUGUACUGUUUGGAGAAGGGACUGCGUGUUAUUAGAAACUAGAUGUGGGGGCAGUCUACGUGCUGUUUGGAAAAAGAGACCUGAUCAAACAUAAUGUUGUGAGUGGAUUGAGAGGGAUGGGGCUGAUUUCUACUCUGUUAACAUGGUGCUGGGCAGCUUCUAAUGCAGAUGCACUGUCCCAAUCUGUGUGUCUAGAGAGAAAGAGACGUUCUGCAACGCCAAGACUUGAAUGAGUCCGGUUGAGUAAGGCCAGCCCCUGCAGUGAAUGUUUUGGUCUUCACCUGGGUCCAUACUGGACUCUGAUGCAACUCUUUUCCAUACAGACUUUCUGAGUACUGACAAUGUCUCUAUAACGUUGUUGGAAGGCUGACUGCCACCUGUAUCGACAUUCCAUACAGACUUUCUAUAUAGUGACAAUGUCUCUAUAACGUUGUUGGAAGGUUGUCUGUCACCCUGGACAGCCUGGUGGGAUGUAAACCAGAUGUUAAAGUGGUUAAAACGGGUCUGACUAUUUGUCAUGCUUCCUGUGACCUGUAGCUAUGGCAUGUGUGUAUACAUACACACACACACACACAAACAAACAAACACACGGCUGACUCAUCACUGUGUCGUUGCUCUCUGUGUGUGUUUACAGUACCCCACACAAACACCAGUUAAACGUUUACACAUCCUGUCAGUGAUGUCACUAAUGGAGAACGAACAAACGGCACAAUACAGGAGGGAGGGGAAACAUUUCAGUGUCGCACGCUAUUCUGCACUAACUCUGGUGACAGUGAAAUAUGUUCCCCUCGUACUUACCCCACCCAUGACACGGACUGUAAUUCUUCACACACACACACACACACACACACACACACACACACACACACACACACACACACACACACACACACACACACAAACAAACACAAAAGUGUGAUAUACAUUAGCGCCCCCCAGUGGUUAAGUGAAAGCAAGUCCUCUUCUACACUCCUGGGCCACGUCCCAAUUGUCUCUUCUUCCUCCCAAAGUGUGCACUCGUUCACUUCCCUUCACUGAUUUGAAAGGAAAUGACUGGUAUUAGAAAUAUGGUGGGAACUCCCUCUAGCCCAUGCCUCCACCAAUCCAAUGCUGUCAGAUGUGUGGAAUGUCAUGAACGAGUGCACCCUUCAGGAGAAAGGAGAUUAUUGGGACGGACCCCAACUCUCACCAUUACUGGCUGAAAUCAUCUCUGAAAAGGGAAAAUGUUCAUACCUGAGAAACUAUAAAAGGGAAAUGCUGGUUAUGAAUAUUCGAAAUAUUUAGAUUUUUUUUUAUAAAUAUGCCUGUUAAUAUGCAUUAUUUUCAUAAGCACGUAUGAAAACAUAUUUUAAAAAAUUGCAAAAAAUGUAAUAAUACUCCAUUUAACAGAGAAACAGUUUUUUUUCUCUUUCAUUUAAAAAAAUCUGUUACUGUUUUUUAGUUUUAUUUUUGUACCAAAACAUCGGAAAAUAAAGCCAGAAAAAUGAAUACAUUCCUUA